AUGAGUGGCAGUAUAUUCAACACAGGAGAGGAAGAAGACCCAUGGUCGUCAUCAGCCGGAUGGAAUGAUGAUAAACCAGUUGUCAAGAGUCCAAUCCCUUCACUAUCACCGGCACCAUACCAAUCAACAUAUCUCACAUCUUCUGAAUUGCUCAAUAAGACGGGAGAUCGAAAAUCACAAUCGAUUUCAAUGUCAAAUGUUCCUACUAGUUACGAAACACUUCGUUCAGAGCUAGUCAACAAGAUUUCAACCAUUAAUGAUUUCGAAUUUUACGUCUUUGACAAACUAAUUGAAUUGCAAUUUCUCACCAGUUACCAAAAAUCAAAAUUGUUAGAUAUAGUAUACGACAACAACCUUUUACCAGUAACUUUGGCUCAGAAUUUCUAUCAAAUACUUGGACUAAUUGCAUUGGAAAUUGAUGUUCCUGGGUCGGGCGAUUUUGUUACUCUACAAUUUAAAUUAAACAAUUUACCUGAGUUGCCCCAAGCAUUUCUUGGUUUAAUCAAGAGGGAAGAAGAUAAUGUUAUAGAUGAUCCUUUGAUGGCCAACACAUCCAGAGCUAACGACGCUGACAAUGGUGACGAUAACGAUGACUGGAACCAGCGGGGAAAAAUCGAUCCCGUGCUAACUGAUCAUUCCGACUCUCAACAAAUCCUUGGCGAAAGCGCCAAUGACGGGGAUGAGACUAAUCCGCAAGAUGCCACGUAUAUUGAAAAGUAUAUCGAGGAUAUAAGGGAUGAGUUCAAGCCGUUAAUUCUUGACGAAACUCCCGUCAAGAUCAAAGAAGUCCCCGAAAAAGAGGGCCUUUUGUUUAAACAUAUCAAUUACAUAAUCACCCACAAUUUAGCAUUGGGGCAAGGUGGACUGUCAGGACUGAAGAAGGUUAUCAGAAGGUACUCUGAUUUUGCAUGGUUGUUGGAGUACUUGUUACAGAAAUACCCAUUCAGAGUGAUCCCUGGUUUACCGCCAAAGAAAUUCACUGGUAUGUUUUUAAAUCAAUUAGUCAAACACCCCGUGUUUAAGGAGGAACCAAUUGUACAAUCUUUUCUUUCAGUUCCAUCCGACUUGGCCACUUGGAAGAAACAGGCCAAAAUUGACUAUUCGAUUGAGUUCAAGGGUCAAAAGAUUCAAACUGAUUUUAUAAACACCAUUUGGCCCGCUAUAAGCGAAGAAUUCUUAAAGAAUUGGGCAUCAGCCGAGCAAAACAUCCGUGCCUUGAUUGAAAAAUGGACGAAAUUGGUGAUCAUUGUUGAAAGACAUGAAAGAAGACAACAACAAAUGAGUUAUGAUAAUCAGAAAUUUGUUGAGAUUUUAAAUCAGUUUAAGAAAUUGGACACCACGGUGUACCCACAAGAUCAAUCAUCAUCAUCAUCAUCAUCAUCAUCAUUAUUGCAAAAUAAUGAUAUCGAAAGUAUAAAUUCAGGAUUGACUUCGAUCGGUGAUUAUUACAACAAGUCUUCUCAAGUGAUUGUCGACGAUAGCUACACCAUCAAUACCAAGACGUUGGAGAAAUUGAAAAACUAUAUGGAUUAUUUGUAUUCAUUAUUGGAACUAUUUGAAAGGAGCAAACGAUUAUCAGGUAAUCAAAUAGAUAUGUUAAACAAACGUAUAAAGGAGAAUGAAGUUAAUUUUAAAAAAAUGACGGCUGAAAACACUAAUGGCAAAGAAGCCGAGAUCAAUAAAUUGAGACAACUGAUAAUCAAUGAUAAGCAGGAGAUUUUCCAGCAAUUGAAUCGCGAUUGGUUGAUCAAGCAAUGCUGCUUCAAGGAGUACGUUAUGUUUCAAGAGACUCAAUAUUUGAUUAGCGAAAUAUGGCUAGAAUGGUGUAAAGAUAGACACAAGUUGCAUGAAAAAUUGACAAGCUUGUCGGAAAACUUGAGUACAGAACUCAUCAAUGACAUGCCAAUAAGCAGGUGA